AUGAGUGUCAUUCUGUGCACUGCUGGAUACGAUCACACAAUCAGAUUCUGGGAGGCUCUGAGCGGCAUUUGCUCCCGUACAAUUCCUCACCCAGAUUCACAAGUCAAUCGACUAUGCAUCUCUCCCGACAAACGAUUUCUGGCCGCGGCUGGUCAUCACACUGUAAAGCUGUACGAUAUCAAGUCAACAAAUCCCGCGGCGGUUUUGACGUUUGAAGGCCACAYGGGCAACAUCACUGGAGUCGCAUUCCACUGCGAGGGAAAAUGGAUGGUGACCAGCUCUGAGGAUGGAACCGUCAAAAUCUGGGAUACCCGGAGCGGCCACAUACAGCGGAAUUACUCUCAUGGCGUGCCAGUAAAUGAUGUUGUAAUACAUCCAAACCAGGGCGAGCUAAUCUCGUGUGACCGAGGCGGCAAUGUCCGGAUCUGGGAUCUGGGAGAGAACAAGUGUAGUCACCAGCUUGUACCAGAGGAGGACAAGAGUGUCGCGUCAGUAACAGUGGCCACAGAUGGCUCAUUGCUAUGCGCCGCUGUCAGCUCCAGCGUAAACGGCGCGGUCUUUGUCUGGCGUCUCAUCACAGUUCGAGAUGUCACAAGCUUGGUGCCUGUGACAAGAUUCAAAGCGCAUGGAACGUACAUUACACGCGUACUCUUAUCACCGGAUGUCCGCAAGCUCRCAACCUGCUCGGCGGAUCACACGGCAAGAAUAUGGACCGUUGAUCUGGAGAAUGUGACUCCACCGAAGGAGCCCGAGGAUGAUGAAGAUGGUGUUCCCCGCCAGGAAGAAGACUCGCAGGCUUUCCCGCUCGAAAAUGAGCUCGAUGGCCAUCAGCGAUGGGUCUGGGACUGUGCUUUCUCCGCCGAUUCCGCAUAUCUUGUGACGGCGUGUAGUGAUCACUACGCCAGACUCUGGGAGCUUUCGAGUAAGACGAUCAUUCGGCAGUAUAAUGGACAUCAUCGGGGUGCGGUUUGUGUGGCGCUGAAUGACUACUCGGAAAGUCGGUGA